GACGGGUGCUGCCGAAGUGCAAAGUUGUGAUGUUGUGACUUGUGACAGGACCGCCCGAACUUUUGACUCUUGAAAUGGAAACCUGGUAAAAUGGCUAGUUCUACUUUAUUAUGUCCGUGUUGUUUACGUUUUAAAUUCAGUCCCGAGGAAAUAGAGCAAAGAUACCGUAGUCAAGAAAUAGACAAAAUGCUAGACAAAGAUAAACACUACUACAGGCGACAAGUGAAGUUAUUACUACUAGGUGCUGGUGAAAGUGGCAAAUCUACCUUUCUCAAACAAAUGAGGAUAAUACACGGAGUACAUUUUGAACCGGAAUUAAUUAAAGAAUACCAACAUGUCAUCUAUCAAAAUAUCGUCAAAGGUAUGAAAGUGUUAGUCGAUGCCAGGAAUAAACUCAACAUUCCUUGGGAAAAUGUUGCCAACAGUGAGUGCGGUGAGUUCGUUUUAAAGUUCGAAAACAGCAUGGUUCUGGACACAAGACUCUUCCUUGCGUAUGCACCCUCAUUGUAUUGCUUAUGGAAAGAUGCCUCAAUCAGAAGAGCUUUCGAGCGACGGCGGGAGUUCCAACUGAGUGACUCAGUCCAGUACUUCUUUGAAAAUCUAGAAAGAAUUGCAAGGAUGGAUUAUAUACCCACCAACAAGGAUAUAUUACAUGCAAGGAAGGCCACUAAAGGGAUAUCUGAAUUCAUUAUUCCUAUAAACAACAUACCGUUCAGAUUUGUGGAUGUAGGUGGACAACGAUCUCAGCGGCAGAAAUGGUUUCAGUGUUUCGACUCUGUUACUUCUAUCCUCUUUCUAGUCUCCUCCUCUGAAUUUGACCAAGUCUUGGUUGAAGACAGACGAACCAAUAGACUAGAGGAGUCAAAAAAUAUCUUUGAUACAAUUGUAAAUAAUGUAGUUUUUCGAGGUGUCUCUAUAAUACUGUUCAUGAACAAAACGGAUCUUCUGGCUGAAAAACUGAAAACCAACGAAACGGACAUUCGUUGGUUCUUUCCAGAAUUCACCGGGGACUCCAAAAACUUACAAGAUGUUCAAACUUUCCUUCUCACCAUGUUCAGAGCUGUGAAAAAAGAUCCACGUAAGUCAUUGUUCCAUCAUUUUACGACGGCGGUCGAUACAGAAAACAUUAAAGUAGUCUUCAAUGCCGUUAAAGAGUCUAUAUUAAACAGGAAUCUUCAGGCCCUUAUGUUACAAUGACGUGCUCUACAACAGUAGUUAUCUUCCCAAAGAUUAUCGAGUAUUUUACUCAAAAGACACUCAAAGGUUGAACACCAAUUUAGUUUGUGGGUUGUUUACCACAAUAGAAAUACUGCAAGUGUCAGGCCAUUCAAAUCUCACCUUUUUCCGCUUUGUUUAUCGUAGUUUUAGUUCGCAAUUUGAAGCAUCUAAAGGAUGGCUUGGUUUCUGUUAUCAUGUGCCUCAAAACCUGCCCAUUUUUCUCUUUCACCGUACCUGCUUUAAAGAUACAAGGAUUACUCGUAAAGGAAGAAUGUUGUCUUCAGAAUUAAUGAAGAAAAAUCAAUUCGGUAGAAUAGGCCGGACGUCACAAACGUACCUACUUUUUACAAAGCUCCAAUUUUGCAAGACCUCUUCACUUGCCCUCUCAUUUUGCCAUUGCGUAUGGAAAAAUUUGUUGCGGUUAUAUUUUUUCUGGAACCAAUGAGAAUAAAUCCUAGAUUUAAUGGUUAUCAUCAACACACUCUUAGCUUUGUAAAUUAGUCAAUUGGCCCACAAAUAUUUACAUUUUUUUCUUUAUUCAUCUCAUAUUCUGGCAAUCAUUAUGGGAUAGGCAUAUCUCAAAAUCAAAUUGCAUUUGGUUUUAGUUGACCCAUGCGCCAAAAAAUCAAGGGCUUCUCAGGAUACACAGUAUCUAGCAGAGAUAGAGAUUCUACCGUCUUAAAUUAUUUUCAUUAACUCUGAAGAUGAUUCAAAUGCACUAAACCUUGGACUACCUGAACUUAUGUGAAAGUCUCCCUGUUGGAAUAACAGAAAGUUUGGAUACUGUGGAGGUCACUACGACAACCUUAAUUUGAUACUCUAUUUGUAAAACAUCAUGAAGUCAAAAUAAAUUCAAUAUGAAACGCUGCAAUAAAUAUAAACUAAGAAAAUUCACAAUUAAAAGUAUUACAUACCUUUUUUCUAAAAAAAAAUCGAGAAAGCAAGCAACUGGAGAAUAGAAAUGAGACAUCAAAAUUGAUUUGCUCUGUCUACUGAGAGAAAAUACAAAAAAGAAAAAAAACAGGCAAAAAGAAUAUUCCUCUAAAUAUUAGGUUAAAUAAUCCAAGGUUUAGAGCAAAUACUUACUUUAAUAGUACUCUUUGUAAAAUGUAUUAAGGUGAUAUUAUUUCUUAUUUUAAGUCUCAACCUCAAAUAUUUUACGAUGCAGAUUACAAUACAGUGAGAUGAUCGAAGUUCAGUGAAAAUUGUGAAGUAAAAUAAUUUCUAAUUGACCUUCUUGUUGGGGAAUUAUUCCGUUUUGUGCUCAGUUUUUCAAACUUACGUGAUAGUUUUUUUAGUGUUUUUUACUUAGUGCUGUCCAUUAAACUGAAUUAUUUCCUAUCCGAGACCAUUACUAAAGUGCCUAAUUAUACCAUUACAUACUAAGUGCUAAGAAAAACGCCAUAUGAGCA